AGCUAGUCUAUCACAAACACAAAGAGACGAGAGCAACAAAGCAGGGACAUGAACACAGCAGCUGACACACAACACUGCUCAGGAUUCAGCAAAACUGAACCCAGACAAUCACACAAGAGCAACAAGCUUCAGUCUGCUGUAGGAAAGAAAAAUAAAAUCAGAUUUAAGUCAACUGUUUAGUGUUUAUGUUGGAGCUUUACAUUGAGGAAGGAGGUCCUGUUCAGGUGGUUGUUUUUUCUCCCGUGGUGUUUGUGUGGAGCGUGCCACACACCCACUCCACAACAACGACGGCUUUUGCUUGCAUCUUCCAGUGUUUCUUCUGUCAGCAAGUUCAGCAGAGCUGCAACUCAUCCAGCGCCAGCGCCGACGAGCCCAGCGAGGAGAACCACGACUGUGAGAUGGUGAAGAUGACCAAGUCAAAAACCUUCCAGGCCUACCUGCCCAACUGCCACCGCACCUACAGCUGCAUCCACUGCCGAGCACACCUGGCCAACCAUGAUGAGCUCAUCUCAAAGUCAUUCCAAGGCAGCCAAGGACGAGCCUACCUCUUCAACUCCGUGGUGAAUGUGGGCUGCGGUCCAGCAGAGGAGAGGGUUCUCCUGACAGGUUUACACGCCGUGGCAGAUAUCUACUGUGAAAAUUGCAAAACCACUCUGGGCUGGAAAUAUGAGCAUGCUUUCGAGAGCAGUCAGAAAUACAAAGAGGGAAAGUUCAUCAUCGAGCUGGCGCACAUGAUCAAGGACAACGGCUGGGAGUGACCAGCUUGUCCGUUUUCUUUCUGCUCAGUGACCUUUCAGGCUGCUCUGUAGCGGACUUCAGAGUGACACUAUACACACACCAACCCACACACACUCGACCAUUCUACCACCACCAUGCUUCACCCCUGACACAUUCAGACUCCCCGAUCAGUGUUCUGAAACUCAAAAGGAGUGAGGCGAGAGAGGGAUGAGGAGCAGCGGAGGGGGGGGAAGAACAAUGAUCUCUCACUCCUCCAUCCAUCCACACUCAUCCUCCUCUGAGAUGUAGACGCUGGACUUGAGGAUUUGCUCCGCCUCUUUAACUGGUUUUUGUGUCGCCGUCCAUCGUGAGCAGUUAACAGUAUCUGGAAGACAUUGACUCUCCUCCUUUUCAUUUUCACCCUGUUUGCAGAAGCGAAUGACUGUGUGUGUGUGUGUGUGAGUGAGUGAUGUAGGAAUCCUUUCUGAUGGACUGAUGUUACUGGUUAGCAUUACUCUGACAGAUUUUCACUGAGCAUGCUCUUUUCUGUGUUGGGGUGGGGUGAAGUGGAUACGAUCGAUGUGAAAUGUUUUACCUGGAGAUUUCUAGAAGAGGGUGUGGCUUAUGUAGCAGUAUCGCAGACCCUAUUGGACCAGGGAGGGUUUAAGGGUGGGGUUUGAGCUUUGCAGUGACAUUUUUGUAUUUAUGAGAGAUCCCUAUACUUUCUCUAUCGUAUUUGAGAUUGAACUCCUUUUUAUUUUCUCGAUUUUCACCCCCACCUCCACCUUUCUUCCUCCGAUGACUUCACUGUGCAAUUAUUUGUGCGCCCCUCCGGUACAGUUCAUCCCGUCUUUAGCUGUAAUCGGUGCUUUAGGCAAGCUCAUUUAAAAAUGUGUUGCUUUUAGUGUUGAGGUGGCAUUUGUGGCAGGCUCCAUGUUUGCAUCAGUACUAUAAGUGAACGUGUGUGUGGGUGUUUUUUUUUUUUUUUUUUUAAAUGCUGUCUGAAAUGCACUGGACAGCAGGAGGAAACUGAACCUAGUGUCUGUGAUUGACAGCACCACUUCCUCUCCUCACCUCCAUCAUCCAUCAAACUCAUCAUGUCGUUUUCCUGAUCACACGUGCUCAUGCAUAUGUUCGGACAUGCAUGCAUGCGUCAGCGAGUGCGUGUGUGUGCUUUACUUGAAUGCAGUUAUUUUGUUUGCACUUUGCAGAGGCCUUGUUCAUGGGUUUAGAGGCAAAAAAAACCCCUUUCAGUCCAAGUUCUCAUGGAUGAUUGUAGCUUUGGAUGAACUUCAGGGUCAGGUGAUUGCUGGCAUGAUCAUCUCCCUCUUUGUUUUUUCUCCUCUUCUAUUAGACUAGACCUUCUGCUGCUUACCUUUUUUGCUUCUGUUUCACAAGUUGGCGAAUUAAACCAUAACUGCAGAAACACUAGGAAUUUGGCCAAUUUGCAGGAAAGAAAACGAAUUAGAAGCAGAAAUAAUGAUUUGAAGAAAAAAAAUUGAAGUGCGUACUGAAAACGACGUAUUGCAAAGAAAAAUGUGCUGCUAUUGAACGAAUGCAAUCCGGAGCUUUCACUUUAUACCUCCUGCACUUUAGCCAUGUGUGUGUGUGUCUCUCGUCCUCCACAUCUUUUGCCUCUAAGCAGCAUGAACCUUGUGCCUCUCCAAAAGGACAAAAGUAAUUUCUCCCUUUCCUGUUGUGCAGUGCAUGACUCCACGAUGAUAGAUUUCCUUGGGUGGCUCAACAUGGGUCAAAAAAAAAAAAAAAAAGCCCUCACAGAAAUUUUUAUCCACUUAAAGCUAUAUUCAGAAGCAUAAUAUGAUCUGAUAUUUUUUGUAGUCCUAGCAGGUGAAAUUAACUCUUGUAUUAUGAGGUGGGGAUCGCGAAUGGACGUAUGGGCGGGUUAUUCGUUAUAACGGGAAGGGGCGGGCUUUCUUCCAGUCGCAAGCGGUGCGUUUGGUGUUUAACAGAUUUCUAUUGAGUAAAAAAAUCAAGAUUUAUUGCAAAAAAAACCUUUUUUUUUUUGGAGUCGAAUCAGUGGCAAACCCUCAGUUUAUCGCCAAUAAGGUCAGUCAGGUCACGUGACCUUUUGUUUUAAUCAGCCGAAGUCAAUGCAAACGGGAAUAGUCGUAGAGAUCCUACUUGAAAACAGAGUUACAGACAAGAUAUUGUCCCUGUCUCAGAUUUUGUACAUAAAGUAACAUAUUUAAGGUUUUAUAUAUAUAUGAUAUAUAUACAUGCAUACAUAUUUCUACUGGGUUAGUUCCUCUACUUCCCUGACUUGAAGCACUUUUGUUCACUGUACCUCUAGCUUUCCGUGUGUGUCUCUGUGUGAGACAGAAUGAGGUGUGAAUGUGACGUUUGUUUUUCCUUCUCUCAUUCAGAAGCAAGUUUUAUUCAUUUUUAUUCAUCUAGCUCACCCAUGUCCUUGCUUCUAUACUUCCUUUUGUUUGCUGUCUCGUAGCUUGUUGAUGAUAAACAAGGCUAUUUAUUUGAAAUUUAAAGACUUGCUUUGCUGGUUCUGUCAGUAAGAGGUGGGUCUGCUGGUCCUGGUUUCACAUUGUGCUCAGCAGUGAGCUGGAUUCACCUGCUGAAAAGUUGACAGUUAACACUGACCGAGACCUGAUUCUCAAAAAAGAAAGAAAAAAAAAAAACCCAUGAACCUUCUUUAAGUUUCAGAACUCAAACCAGCUAAAGACGAGUGAGACCAGUGUCACUGCGGUCAGUACGCAACCGUGAACAUGGACUGCUGGGGGGGGGACACACCAAAAAAUGUGCAAAGUUUUACUGUUUUUCAUUUUUAUUCAUAUUUCUCCUCCCUCCCUUUCUUUUCCCCCAAAGCCUGAAUCGGCAGCAGAGUAUUGUUUCUGGUUUCUCUUUUGUUACUGGUUGUUGAGACAUUUAUUAAAAUUUUCCUCAUUUCUUCCCCUCACUUUGCCAUCUGCGUUAGUGACACUGGUUUCAAACCUCUAGUUUUAAAGCAUCGCAGUAAUGCAGAGGAAACAGUUGGAAGUUUUGAAGAGUUAUUUUUCUUAGGACUGUUAUUCUAUAAGGUCUGAAGCAUGUUGUAUUUAUAAAGGCUAUAUUAAGUCGUGCCUGUUUUUUUAUUUUUCUCUCUCAAAGCAAAAAAAAAAAGCAUAUGCUGCUUUUUUUUUUUUUUUUUUAAUUUAACUUGAUUACAUUGCUUUGCAUUCUGUCCUAGUGAAAUGUCACAUGUCUGUUUUUCACUGUAUUGUAAACUAUCCGAUAUCACAUUAAAGCUUA